AUACAUUUAUUUUAAAUUAAAAUGCUUCGAUCAGUAAAUUAUAAUAAUCAGUUGUCAAAGUUCUAUUUCAAGAAAGCAAAAGUUGCUUUUCCCUAUAAAUAUAAGAGACCAUCUAAAACAUUAAAUUUACCUUCUGAGAUAGCCACGGAAUAUUUUGAUAGCAUAUAUGGUUCAUAUUUUGGUAAACAAUGGCCAUCUAUUAGGCUUGCUCUCUUUUCUAUUCCAAAAUAUUCAUUAUUGUAUAAUAAUUAUUCUCACAAUCAAACUACAAUUUUAAAUUUGAAGGAAGAAAGUGAUGGUUCCUUAAAAAGUAUUUGGGAUAUUUUAGAUUUGCCAAAUGAAUUUUCUGUUAAAUUGACUAAUCAAAGUGACAAAGAUAUAGAGGAAUUAGAUAUUCAAGAUGAUAAUAAAAAUCAAGUUAAGAAAUUUAAUACCAUACAACAUAAAAAAAUAAAAUUGGAUGAUCAUAGUGUAGAUACAUAUGGCUUUAAUUCAUUAGAUGAAGAAAAAUUAUCAAGAUUGGUAGAUUUUUCACACAUACCUGCACAAGAGUUGGUUGAUUUAGAAAAAGAAAGAUAUGAUUACAAUGCAGAAAUAGAUAAUAAUAGGAGCCUUCUUUCAACAGAUAUUGAAGAACUGGAAAUUUUUCCUGAAAAAUCAAUUUAUAUUCCCAAAAAUAUUCAAUUUUAUUUUUAUGAUAAAAAUGAGAAUAUACAAAAUAAUAUAUAUAAACCUUUUCCACCCUCACCGAUGACUAAUAAAGGCCUCAUAGUAAUGUAUAAUUUUUUAGAAUAUUAUAUCAUGGAUGCCUCCUCCAUAAUACCCGUUUUAGCUUUAGAAAUCAGGCCUAAAAAUGAUAUCCUAGACAUGUGUGCUGCUCCUGGAGGAAAAGCUUUAGCUGCCAUCCAAACGUUGAAUUUUGAAACAAUAACUUGCAUAGAAAAGUCAACAUCACGAUACAACAGACUAUGCAAAGUUUUUGAAACAUAUUUACCUAAGGGACAAAAAUUUCGUAGUAGGAUAAAGACUAUAAAUGCGGACGCUAUGCACGAAAAGUCUUUUAGAAACUCAUUUGACAGGGUUCUGGUUGAUGUUCCCUGCACAAGCGAUAGAAAAUCGGUUAAAAGUGACGACGACAACAUUUUUCAUAAAAACAGAUUUAAGGAAAGAGCACUUCUACCUCAAAUUCAAACGGAUCUAUUAGUCGAAGGGAUUAGAAAUUUAAAGCCCGGCGGCAAAUUGGUUUACAGCACCUGUACCUUAUCUCCAUCUCAAAAUGACGCCAUCAUACGAUCCGCCUAUUACAGCUUAUCCCGCCUUGAACCCGACAUCAAAAUUAGAGUUAUCGACUGUUCAACCCUUUGUCAAUUACUUCAAACCAACUUUUCCUUUUACAAGCCUAAUAGUGCCUCACCGCAAAAUUGUUUGGUGGAUCAUUUAAAUCCAGACAACGAUAAUAGUAAUAUUAACUCCUCCAAGGAAAACAAGAAAAAUUUGGGACAUCUCAUAAUACCUUCAUUGGAUAUGAAUUGGGGUCCUCUAUAUUUUUGUAAAAUCGAACGUAUUAAAUAA